AUGUUCUGCGACAUUCAUUUCGGCGGCUGUUCGUUUCAGAUUAAAGAGUCGGCGCCAACCCCCUUAGUACGGAGCCACUUGCCUCCUCUCAUUCUCUCGUUGUCCCUACCCCGCUGCCUCCCUCCCCCACGCCGGCCUCCACCGCCACCUCCCUCCACAGUCGUCCUCCACCGUCGCCUCCCUCCCACGUGCCGCCCUACCCCGCCGCCUACCUCCCCCGCUCCUCUCUCCACCAUCUGCCCUCCCGCGCCGCCGUCGUGCGCGCGCGCCGCCCUCCAUCGCUGUCGUCCUCCCGCGCCGCUGCCGUGCAUGCGCACCGGCCCCAUCUCCCGCUGCGCGCGCGCCGCCGCCCUCCCCCGUAGUCCUCCCUCCACCGUUGCCCUCCACCGUUGCCCUCCACCGUCACCUCCCUCCCCCGCAGCGCCUCCCUCGUCGCCGCUCCGUCCUCGUUCGAGAGGAGGUCGUCUGACAGCGCCGACAGCACCAGCCUUACUCCACCGUCACCUUAGGUUUUGUUUCGGCGACCCAUUGGCUUAGGUUCUAGGGACAUUUGUAGAAGUAUGAAGACAAGGAAAUAAUCAAGGAGACGUGUUGACGGAUCGAAGCAACGUCUAUGUAAUUUUUCUCUUGUUUUGGUUGGAGUUUCACGAUCAGGAUUGUGUUAUGAGGAUGCUAGCCUUUUUGUUAAAUGUCAUGUUCAUGUUUGUGUUGUAAGACUACACUCUAGGUUGUUGCGUGUGCUGGUCCUUUUGUGGUCAGUUUGUAAGCCUGGUUGUACCCUCCUUGUAGGGGACGAAGCCGAAACUUUGUUUCCAUUAUCUAAAAACCCUGUGGACGAGGAAGCAAAGUAAUUAACAACCAA